AUAAGUGGUUCGGAACUUGGUUUAAACAGAAAAAACAGUCCCAUCAGUGUGGCCGAAAAUUGACUCUGGUCAAAAUUGACAUCUAGUAGGUCAUGUCAUAGCUGCAAAAUUCGAAAAUAUGUUACAAUAGAGUCAAUCGAGCGCAGGGCCUGGAUGAAAGAUUCAGAAAAGCAGGAAAAAUGAAAACCGGAAAACUGUGCGACUCUGGUGAGCCGAAGCCAGACAUCAUCUUGGAUCACAGCGAGGCCGGGCUCCACAGCGAUGGACAGCCGCUAGCAUCCGAAUCCCAACUCCCGGUGGGUCCGGUGGACCAUCGGGAGCUCCAGGACCCCAACGACCCUGGUGAGCCGAAGCCAGACAUCAUCUUGGAUCACAGCAAGGCCGGGCGCCACAGCGAUGGACAGCCGCUAGCACCUGGAUCCCAACUCCCGGUGGGUCCAGUGGACCAUCAGGAGCCCCAGGACCCCAAGGACCCCCAGCCGGUGCGGGCGCAGGGAGGUCAGAGCUCGCAGUCGGCGAACAGCAGCGAUGCGGGCCAGAGCCAGAAUCCAGACCAGAACCAGGACGCGGGCGCCGGCUCCGGAUCCGGCCACAACAAGAACCAAAACCAACAGCAACAGCAGAGCCACAAUGAGAACAACCAGAACGACCAGGACAAGAACCAGGAGCAGGACGCGCCGAAGAAGCGCUGCGACAAGUGCGGCAAGAAGCUGGGCCUCACCGGGGGAUUCCCCUGCCGCUGCGGCGGCACCUACUGCGCCGUCCACCGCUACAGCGAUCGCCACGAGUGCAGCUUCGACUACCGCGAGAUGGGCGCCACCGAGAUCCGCCGCAACAAUCCCGUCGUCGUGGCCAGCAAGCUGCGGAAGCUCUAGGCUCUAGGUGCCCACAGUCCCACUACGACCAUCCACUCCUACCACGCCCUCAUCCCGAGACCCCCUGCCAAGGAUCCUCCACGGACGUGACAUGACCAUCCAUCGGGAUCGAUCCAUCUAUAAAAAAAAACACUAAAAAGCAACAUCUAUCGAAAGCUUGAAAAAUAAUGGGUGGACUGCUAUAAUAAAUACCAGUCACACGACCUUUCGUUUUUAGAUUAAAUUUAGGGCGGUUGGGGAUGCCAAUUUAGAAAUAAUAUUAAAUAAUAAAUAUAAAUAUAUAUAAAAUAAAUAAAUAUUUGAUAUAUAAAUAUUGGUUAAGUCUUUAUAAAAGAGCCAACAGUCAAUCAAA